GCGGUGGAGGACGCUGCGUCCACCCUCGGCGGGCUCAGCGCGAUCACCACGGCGGCCUUCACCGAGAGGCCCGUGACGGCGGCCACGGGCGAGAGGGCCACGACGGCCAGCACCAUCGACGCGUUCCGAGCCGGCACGGCGGACACCGUGAGGCAGUCGGCGGACCAGCACUUGGCCGAGGAGGCGAGCUCCGGUCUCGGCGACCCCAGCGACGGUCAGGACCGCCUGCUCCACCCCCUGCCCCGUCUCGGGCUGGACGAAAGGGGGGGAUUGGGAAAGAGGGGGUUACGAAAUUUGCUGCAUGCA